GCCAAAUCAUAACCCAAAAAAAGUACAACCUUUUGGUGGGGCUUCAGACAGAAAAAAGCUUCUUCCUUUAUCCAACUCUUUUUGUCUCCACCAUUAUCGGAAAACCACCCUAGUUUUAACUUUCCGGUUUCCCGGCGAAAACCCAGAUGGCAAACAACGGUAACGGCGAUAACAACAAUGACCCAUUACGCCAAUACUUGAUUAACCGACCACCGUCUCUGUUACCAUUACCGGAGAACAACGACGUCACGAUUCCGAUGCCAAUAACACCAUCGGAAUUCAAAAACCGGUUAAUCUUCGGUCCACUCCCUCGUUCUCAAAAAGAUUCAUCUCUUCUCAUCGAUGCUCUCUCUCUAAACCCUUCUCCGUCAUCCUCUGCUACAACCUCAUUCUCUGACUCCACAGACCUCCUUAUCCCACUUACGGAGCCUAAUAAACCGACCCGGAAACCUAAACCGACCGUCAAUUUCCACCGGUCUAAAACAGCUCCUGCUAUGGCUGGAAUCAACGAUAAAUCUCACCCAAAUGAUCCCAAAACAGAGCAGCAAUCUGAUUCGAAAAAGAUUGUAAAACAAGCUAUUGCUUUGCUUGUUGUGUAUCUCUCUUUAGGUGUGUUCAUCUAUUGGUUGAAUCGAGAUAGCUACAAUGUGAAGAAGACUCAUCCUGUUGUUGAUGCUUUGUACUUUUGUAUUGUUACAAUGUGUACAAUUGGGUAUGGAGACAUUACGCCGGAUAGCGUGGUGACGAAGCUGUUUUCGAUCUUGUUCGUGCUCGUUGGGUUUGGUUUUAUGGAUAUAUUGCUUAGUGGAAUGGUUACUUAUGUUCUUGAUCUUCAAGAAAACUAUAUGUUAGAAACUGCGAGGAAUGAAAGCUUGAACUUGAAUGACCGGGAGAAAGCGAAAUCGUAUAUAAUUGAUGUCAAGAAAGGGAGGAUGAGGAUUAGGUUGAAAGUUGGGUUGGCAUUGGGUGUUGUGGUGUUAUGCCUUGGAUUUGGUGUUUUGAUUAUGCAUUUUGUUGAGGAAAUCGGGUGGUUGGAUUCGUUUUAUUUCUCGGUUAUGUCGGUUACUACGGUUGGGUAUGGUGAUCGGGCUUUUAAUACAUUGCCCGGUAGGCUUCUUGCUGCGAUAUGGUUGCUGGUGUCUACUUUAGCUGUUGCUCGAGCGUUUUUGUAUUUGGCUGAAGCAAGAGUUGAUAAGAGGAAUAGGGAGCGGGCGAAGAAGGUGCUUGGCGAAAACAUGUCUAUCUCUCAGUUCUUUGAUGCGGAUAUCGACUACAAUGGCUGCGUGAGUAAAGCAGAGUUUGUGAUAUACAAACUAAAGAAGAUGGAGAAAAUAACCGAUAAGGACAUUAACCCGAUCGGUUUCCAGUUUGACAAGCUUGACCGAACCAAUAGUGGAAGGAUUACACUUUUAGAUCUCUUGGAAACCAGCACCGACGAUUUAUCCACUGCAACUUCUAUUUAAGAACACACAGUACAACAUGAUUGAAGAUGACAAUGAAAAAUAUGUGGUUUACAGUUUAGUUGAACCAAGA